UAGUGAACAUAUAAAAGAAAUCAAGAAGGAAAAUCCUCGUCUAUCAAGACAUAAUGUGAAUCGAAUUCAUAAUGAAAGAUUUCAACUAUGGUUUAGAAAUCAUGUCGAGAAGAUGCAUAUGGCUGGUGAAAAAAUAUCCGAGGAUAUUCAAACUUUAGCUAUUGGCCCAUUAAUACAAGCAAAAAGAAUGACUGGUUAUAUAUGUGAUGGAGUUAGAUACUUAACAGAGUCUCGUGAUGUUAAGAGAAAAACUCAAAAUAGUGGUAUUAUGUUAAAGGCUAUCACUCAAAGUUAUGCAAGCACAAAAGAUAAAAAUCCCAUAUUGGCAGAGGUUUCUUUUUAUGGAAUCCUCACAGACAUAAUUGAGUUAUAUUAUUCGAAGAAUCUCAAGUUUGUAUUGUUUAAAUGUAAAUGGGUGAACAAUAUCAAGGGGUUUAUUGAGAAAGAUGAUUAUGGAUUUACUCUUGUGAAUUUUAAUCAUCUACUCUAUACAAGACAUCAGUUAUCAGAUGAACCAUUCAUCUUUGCUUCUCAAGCUCAACAAGUGUUUUAUGUCGAUCAUCCUAUGGAAAAGGAGUGGCGAAUGGUUGUUAAACUUAAGCCAAGAGGUUUUUAUGAUUUAGGUGAUGACACACCAACAAUUGAGCAUAAGGAAGGACAUAUGGAGUUGUGGCCUGAACAACAAUUGGAUGACACAAUAUUUGAAACUGAAAAAGACAUUGAAUGGGUUAGAGAAGGUGUACCAGGAUUAGAAAUUGACCCAGAAACUUUGGAAAGAAAUGAAGCAUAUGAUGAAGAUGACAACAUAUCUUAGUUUUUGUUACUAUAGUAGUAUAAUCACUAUUUCAGUACAAUUGAUUUUUGAACAAUAAUGACUUUGAUGUUUUUACUCUUCAUUCAACUGUUAAAAUCUCAUAUGUUUAUAUAUCUUAUUAUUUGACAUGAUAGUUAGAUAUUAUUUUAUACUUUUAUAUAGU